AUGGCCCCAAGAAAUCAUACUUCCGAAUUCCAAUCGAUAAUCUCAGAAAGACUUUCAUCCCUACCACCUUCGACUAGAUCAAAAUCACCUUCGAGGAUAAAUGACUCGGCUCGAAAGGGCAAAGGCAAAGGUAAAGAGAAGGAUGGGGUGGAGGACGAGGAAGAGUUCUUGAAAGAGGCUUAUCGUAUACACCGACAUCUAACUUCCCUCUCUCAUCUCUUAUCAUCAGUCCGUAAGCCGUAUCUAUCGACUAUCGAACCACCACCAUUAUCCCGACGAGCACAUAACCACAAUCAUGAUGGAGGAGGGGAUGAGAUGAACGAGUGGAAAAAAUGGGAGAAAGUGAAAUACCUUACGGACAGGGAGAGGGAUGAGAUUGACUUGAGAGCGAGGAUGAUCUUGAGGAGAUGCAAAGAGAGAGUAGGGGUUCUGGAGCUUGAUGAACAAACUCGUAAAUCCAAAACAACUUCAUCCGCUAUAUCGUCCACCAAAUCUACUGUGCUCUCCUUCCUCCCGUCUCUUCUCCCUCUCGACUCCUCCUCUUCCUCGUCAACCUUUCAGCCUCUGAUCAACGCCCAUCGAGCAUCAGUCUUGUGGACCUUAAACGAUUUUCUCGCCAAACUCACCUCGACAAUCAGUGAUCUACAAGAAGAACGAUUCAAGCGUAAACAGGAAAGAAUGAAAUCACUCGGUUCAAAUGCCACCUUGGAAGCCAGCCAACUUAACACUUCUAAAGGAAAUAGGAAGAUACCUGAUGGUGUAAUAGUAGGAGUGGAUGAUCCUGCUUUCUCUACAUCAUCAUUAGAUCCUCACCUGGCAGCAUCAGGUAUAGGUAUAACUGAUUCAUCAACAAAACAAUCGGAGUUGACAGAAAGUCAAAUCCAACAAUUUGAAAAUGAGAAUAAUAUCUUAUUAGAAAACAUGUCCUCGACAUUAUCAACAGUCUUAUCGGCAGAAAGCAGUUUAUUGGAAAUUAGUAAAUUACAAAAUGAAUUGAUCCAACAUCUUACUCAACAGACUGAGAUGAUCGAUCAACUUUAUUCCGAAGCGAUAGACUCGGUUGGAUCGAUGGACAAAGCGAACGAACAAUUAAAGAAAGCUAGAGAUACGAAUAAGGAAUCGAGGGUGUUCUUGUUGGUCUUUCUGAUAGGGUCUAGUUUGGCGUUGUUGUUUUUGGAUUGGUAUGCUGCGUAG